UAUCGAUAGUCGAAUCAAAUUAUUUUCAGUGUGCACUGCUGGAUUGUGGGGGGUGGGGUGCAAAGUCAAGGAGGUAGAGCUGGACAUUGAGAAGGUGGAUUGCGGAGAUCGGGACUUUAGUUUCCAACCAGUGACUGAUUUAGGUAACAGGCCAAGUCCCUUCUCUAAAGUGAGGAGAGAAUGGAACUUAGCCAUUCAGUGGAGAGAGGAUGGAGAAGAGGUGACAGCAGAUAAAUGAAGUGGAAGGACAGAAAGAAGAGUUAGAGGCUGGAAGGGGGGCGGGGCUUUGUCCCAAAUGUCAGAGUGAAAAGGGUGUUAGCAGGAACCAGGUCAUCUUGAGCAAAGGACAUCAAGAGGAGCAAUCUUGAUGAGAUGCAUGGAAAGCCAGUAGAGUCUGGACUUCUGGAAGCAAGUGCAAGAAGCAGGAAGCUUCUGUUGGAAACAAUUGGAAAGUCGUUGAGUUUUUUGCCUGCCUAUCAGAAUUUGAGACAACGAGUUGACAACUUUGUUGCAAACCACUUAGCAACUCAUACCUGGAGCCCCCACCUCAAUAAGAACCAACUAAGAAACAACAUCAGACAGCAAGUGCUCAAAUCAGGAAUGUUGGAGUCCGGUAUUGACCGAAUUAUUUCUCAGGUUGUGGAUCCAAAGAUCAACCACACAUUCAGACCUCAGGUGGAGAAAGCUGUGCAUGAGUUUUUGGCCACACUAAACCACAAGGAGGAAGCGAGCGGCAGCAUGGCCCCCGACGAGGAGAAACCAGACUCUUCCGCCGUUACACAAGGUGUCCCCGCUCCUGGGCCCAGUGCUAAUGUAGCCAACGAUGCCAUGUCGAUCUUAGAAACCAUCACUUCUCUUAACCAAGAAGCUAGUGCCGCCAGGGCUUCAACAGAAACGUCGAACGCUAAGACCAGUGAGAGAUUAUCCAAAAAACUCCCAUCUCAGCCAAGCACUGACACUAGUACUGAGAAAGAGAGAACUUCAGAGGACGUGGCCGACAAAGAAAAAUCUCCACCCGACUCUGCAGGGGAAGGACAGGAAGCAGCCCCCAAGUCUGAAGAAUUUAGUGAUCUCCCUUGUCCGGUCGAAGAAAUUAAAAACCACACAAAAGAGAGUAAUAGUUCACUGCUGCUAAAUAAGGAUGUUCAACAGGAAGGCAAUGACCAAAAAAAUAAAUCAACAGACAAAGGUGAAAAGAAACCAGACAGCAACGAGAAAGGAGAAAGAAAGAAAGAAAAGAAAGAAAAGCCUGAAAAGAAAUUCGAUCACUCAAAAAGGAGUGAGGAUAUACAAAAAGUAAAAGACGAAAAACAAGCAAAGGAUAAAGAAGUAGAGUGUUCAAAACUUCCUUCAGAAAGAAACAGCAAUAAAGCUAAAGAAGGGACAAAAGAAGAUUGCUCUGUGAUAGAGUCUGAUGUGGAUGGACUUACAGACAUCACAGUUAGCUCUGUCCAUACCAGUGACCUUUCAUCGUUUGAAGAAGACACUGAGGAGGAGGUUGUAAUGUCUGAUAGCAUGGAAGAAGGAGAGAUUACGUCAGAUGAUGAAGAGAAGAACAAGCAGAAUAAAACAAAAGCUCAGACCAGUGAUCCUAGCGAAGGAAAAGCAAAAACUGUACGGCAUGCUUACGUUCACAAACCGUAUCUCUACUCAAAGUAUUACAGCGAUUCUGACGACGAGCUCACCGUAGAACAGCGGCGACAGUCCAUCGCUAAAGAAAAAGAAGAGAGGCUUUUAAGAAGGCAAAUUAAUAGAGAGAAACUUGAAGAAAAACGAAAACAGAAAGCGGAAAAGACAAAGUCUUCGAAAGCUAAGAGCCAAGGCAAAAAUAGUGUGGACUUAGAAGACUCAUCAGCAAAGAGUUUGGAACCUAAAGCCCCCAGAAUUAAAGAAGUCCUUAAAGAACGGAAAGUUUUAGAGAAAAAAGUAGCCUUAAGCAAAAAAAGAAAAAAAGAUUCAAGGAAUGUUGAAGAGAAUUCUAAAAAGAAACAGCAAGCUGAAGAAGAUUCCAAAGAAACCCUUAAAACAAGUGAGCAUUGUGAAAAGGAAAAGGUGUCUUCUUCCAAAGAUCUGAAACAUGUUCAUGCAAAAAGUGAACCCAGCAAACCCACCCGGAGACUCUCAGAGUCUUUGCAUUCAGCUGAUGAAAACAAAAAUGAAUCUAAACUAGAAAGAGAACAUAAAAGACGGACAUCGACCCCCGUCGUGGUGGAAGGGGCACAGGAAGAGACUGACACGCGAGAUGGGAAAAGGCAAGUGGAACGCUCAGACAUGGGCUCAGAAGAACCCCAGAAACAGAAAAGCUCAGUUAAAAAUGAAAAGCAUCUAAAGAAAGAUGAUUCUGAAACACCACAUGUGAAAAACCCACCUAAGAAAGAGGCAAAAUCCUCCAAGGAGAAGCCCGAAAAAGAGAAAACUCUGUUGGAAGACAAACUGUCUGCAAAACAUAAACAUAAAGGGGACAGUGUGCAUAAAACAGGUGACGAGACUGAGCUUUACUCCGCUGAGAAAGGGUUAAAAGUCGAUGAAAGUAUUCAAAAGCCGAGUCAACAAACCAAGCUUUCUUCAGAUGAUAAAGCUGAACGAAAAAGUAAACAUAGGAAUGAAAGGAAAUUAUCAAUUUUAGGCAAAGAUGGAAAGCCAGUUUCUGAAUAUAUUAUAAAAACAGAUGAGAACGUUCGUAAAGAAAACAACAAAAAAGAGAGACACCUGUCAACGGAAAAAACGAGGGUUGAACACAAAUCAAGAAGAUCAAGUGAUUCUAAAAUUCAGAAAGAUUCUCUGAGUUCCAGGCAACAUGGAAUCACAUUACAGAGAAGAAGCGACAGUUACUCAGAGGGUAAAUGUGACACGGACUCGACUAAUUUAGAUAAUAACUCAAAACCAGAAGACGUUCACAAGGAGAAGCGAAGAACAAAGAGCUUGAUAGAAGAGAAACCGGUGUCAAAGUCUAAAUCCAAAAGUCAAGGCAAACAGUUAAGAGUUGUUGAAACAGAAUUGCAAGAAGGUGUCACAAAGCAGACAGCCACUCCAAAGCCAGAGAAGGAGAAGAUCACCGAAGAAAAUGACCCAGAUAGGCCGCGGAAGUCUAAAGUCGAGGACAAGUCUUCUGAGGAAACUGGCUUCGAACCUGUGUUAGAGAGUGCCGCUUCUUCAGCACACAGUGCACAGAAGGACGCCAGUCACCGAGCCAAGCUGCCGUUAGCAAAGGAGAAACAUAAGGGCGAUAAAGAUUCGAGCUCCUCCCGACUUGAGAGGAAGUUAUCAGACGGACACAAAAGCAGAAGCUUAAAGCAUAGCAAGGAUGUGAAAAAGAAGGAAGAAAAUAAAUCAGAUGACAAGGAUGGUAAAGAAGUUGACAGUAAUCAUGAAAAGGCCAGAGGGACUAGCUCAGUCACGGAAAAGAAAUUAAGUAGAAGGUUGUGUGAAAAUCGAAGAGGAAGCUCGUCCCAAGAAACGACCAAAGGAGAAGAAAAACCAGCAGCAAACGCUUUGGGCACUCCGAGUACUUCCUCCCUUCAGAAACCAAGAAAGAGUGGCGAUACCACAUCGAUCCCUGAACCAGAGCCCAUGGAAGUUGAUUCUGAGCCCGCGGUUGAAAAUGUGCCUGAAGGAUGUAAAACCCAGGAGAGCAGCGGUGAUAGUCCCCGGCCAGACACCGACUCUGAAAACGCAACAAAAAACCCCGCAGCCACAGCUCUAAGAGACGAAUCAAGAACUUCCCUAAUAGACACAAAACCAGCAGCUCCCGCCUGUAAAUCGGGACGUGGAACAGGAGUCGUUGGUAAUUCUGAAAAGCACGCUGACCAUAAAAGCGCCCUGACCAAGAAGGCGCACGUCCAGAGCGCUGCGUCCAAACCAGACGCCGGGGAGAAAGAGCCCACUCAAGGAACCCGUGAAGCGAGUGUAGACUCUGCAGCGGGUCAGAGGAUGGAGCCUCGCGCCCCGUCAGAGAAUGAUAGGGCACCAAGGAACUCGAAACACACAAGAGCCACUGAGGAGUGUGUUGCUCAGAGAGACGCUGUUCUUGAACAUUCCACAGGUUUAGACCCCUCACCGUCCCCAAGUGCAGUGACUGCUGCGCCUCAGACACAGUCUCAGGGUUCAGGUGGCGUUCCUGUAGGUGGCGUUCCAAGAACUGUUCUCGAAGGCGGCGCUGCCAGCACCUGCCCUGCAGACCACACUGAUAGCCCUAACCACAGUCUGACCGUUACGGAAUCAGAAGUCCCUAGGACAAGUGACAGCAAAGAAGGCGGUGCCAUUUCCACUGCAGACGCACCAGCAAAAGCUAGCCUAGAUAGCAAAAGACACAUUCCAGAAGGUUCCCAGGCUGCCAUCCUGCACAGUAAACUAGGAAAAGUAAAUGUGCCUCUUGGUGCCGAGUUAACAGACACGGUUACGGAAAAUGAACGUGUUAACAGAGAAGGCGGCUCGAAGGACGUGGCCAGGAAAGACAGUGGCGUAAGUACGGAGCCCACUUCAAAGCAGGCAACUGGCACUGCGGCGGAAAGUGGCAGAAAGGAUGGCAUCGCCGUUGACCGCAUCGUAGGCCUGAGUACCAAAAAGGACGCUGAAACUGUUGAAGCUAAGCUCAGCCGAGGCCCCGGUGAAGCAGAAAACCCGUCCUUUGCUGUCGAAAGGAGGGAUGAGAACAGUGAGGUGGACACCAGCGCCGGAAGUACCGCGGCCUCCUCCGUGCUUCCCCCACGGGACAGACGAACCGAGACCGUGACCGCUGGGUCUGGCAGAGCAGAAAAGACUUGUAUCACCACUAGCACUGGAGGGGAGGACACAGGCACUAGCUCGAACCCGGGGAAAGCUGAGAACGCCACCACCACCUCCUCCGAAGCAGGAGACGGGGAGGCAGCCGUGCCCUGCACGAGCAUCGAGGCAGACGAGGGCCUCGUGACAGGCGCGCGCUCCAGACACACCCGUCCCCGUGUCGGGGCCGAGGCCAGCGAGUGCACGGUCUUCGCCGCGGCCGAGGAAGGCGGGGCCGUGGUCACGGAGGGACUCGCAGAAAGCGAGCCUUUCCUCACGAGCACCAAGGAGGGGGAGAGCGGAGAGUGUGCCGUGGCCGAGUCCGAGGGACGGGCCGCACAGCCGGCGACCGCUCAGGCCGGCAUCGUGGAGGACAGCGCCAGCAGUGUCGUGACAGACGAGAAGGACGAUGCUGUGACCAGUGCGGGCUCCGAAGAGAAAUGCGACGGUUCUUCCAGCGGAGACGCAGGACUAGUCGGAGGGACCGUCACUUUCGUUAGUGAAGGCGAAAGCGACGGAGCCGUGACGAGCGCAGGGACAGAAAUACAAGAGGCCUCGUUAAGCAGCGAAGAGCUGGACGGGUUCCAGAGAGACGUGACGAGGCCAGGCCCCAAGAAAGAAACCGAGGGGACCGUGACGUGUACAGGAGCCGAGAGGAGAAGCGACAGCUUGGCCACGUGCGCCGUGACUGGCGCGGGGCCGCAGGCAGAGCGCGUGGUCACGGGGGCGGCCGUGGUGCUGGGAGACAAGGACGCGCCGCCAGGCACGAGUGCCACCCAGGAAGGAGCCGGCUCUGCGAAUGACGGCGCCGAGGGCGAGAGCGCCGUCACCAGCACGGGGAUAACGGAGGAGGACGGCGAGCGCCCGGCCAGCUGCUCCGGCUCCGAAGACAGCGGCAACGGCUGCGCCGGCGGUUCUGAGUCCGAGGAAAACGGGGAGAGCGCGAUGGACAGCACAGUCGCCAAAGAAGUCACAAACGCACCAUCGGUCGCGGCCGGUCCCUGUGACGACGAGGGCGUUGUCACCAGCACGGGUGCCAAAGAGGAGGACGACGAAGGCGAGGGUGUCGUGACCAGCACUGGGAGAGGAAAUGAAGUCGGGCACGCCUCGACCUGCACGGGGACGGAGGAGGAGAGCGAAGGGGCCUCCAUCUGCGAAAGCGCAGAGGAAGGGGACGGGCGGAUCGGGACUGCAGCAGGGCACGCGGCCGCAGAGGCCGGGGCGGCCGCCGCCAGUGCCCACGAAAGCGGCGUCGACAGCCGGAGCGGCACCGAGAAGGGAGAGAGAGACGCAGAGGCAGAGAUCUGCUCCAGCGCGAAAGGGGCGGCCGAGAGCAGCGUGACCAGCGCGGCUCCGGGGGAGGGGGACGUGGCGUCGGCGCCUGCAGCUUGCGAGCGCCCCGGGGGAGGCGCAGCUGCGGGUCACAGUGACAGUCAGCUCGCCAGGAAAGACAAAGUGGAAGACAGCACCACGUCCACGGGUCUGGUGGGGGGCAGUCACAAGGGACUUGUGUCCGCCGCAGCCCCAGAGUGCGAAGUUCAUCACACAUCGCCGAGCGAAAAAGAAGAUGAAAGCAUCAUCACCUCCGUGGAAAAUGAAGAGUGUGACGGCCUCGCGGCCACUACAGCCAGUGGCAGUGUCACCGACCAGACCUGCUCGGCUGCGGGCGGAAGUCGAGGCACAGGCCUGCUGAUUUCCACCAGCACGACGAGUGACUACGCCAGGCAGCUGAGCACGGUUGGGGACACAGAGGGGGCUCGCACGGGCGCCCUGCUGACGGAGGAGACCGCGGGCAGCGCCAGAGCAGACGCGGAGGCCUUCGAGGCCCCCAUGCCCAGUGCAGGCGCGGGGGGCGAGAGCCAGCCCCCUGCCGUGGGGAGCGAGGACAAGGAUGAGUGCGCCAUGAUUUCCACGAGCAUCGGGGAGUUCGACGUCCCCGUCUCCAGUGCGGCCACCGUCACGUGUGCUGGAAGUCAGCAGCCCGCAGCGGCCGUGGAAGGGCGAGCGAAAGGCCCAAGCUCGCUGAGCACCGACGACUUCGAGGGGCCCACACCCAGCGCGGACGCAGACCGUCCCCACGCCUCCACCAGCAAGGAUGACAGAGAUGAGUGCGCCCUCAUUUCCACCAGCAUCGCAGAGGAGUGCGAGGCCUCCAUCUCCGGGGCAGCUGUGGAAAGUGCAGAUGAGCGACCUGUGCCAGUCACGGAAGAGAAAGACGGGAGCGCCAUCAUCUCAACGAGCUCGGGAGAAGACUGCGAGGGCCCAGUGUCCAGUGCCGUCCCUCGGCAGGAAGUCCAUCCCUCGGUCACGCCAGCCGAGGAGCUGAGUGACACCACCCUGAUUUCCACGAGCACCUCCGAAGGCCGUGAGGCGGUCAUGAGGGGCGCCGCCCCCCGGGACGACGAUCAGCCCGCUGCCGCGAGAACGGAGGACUCGAGCGACGCCGCCAUCAUCUCCACCAGCACGGCCGAGUGCCUGCCCACCGGCACCGGCCUGGACGGGCACGAGGAGAGUCAGCGUGCUAGCAACGCAGAAGGAAGAGACGGCCUGGCAGCCGCGAAGCCGAGCAAGUGCGACGUCCCUCUGCCCGGCCCGAUGGCCGAGAACAACUCCCAGCGUCCUGGGCAGUUCGCAGGAGAAGGGAGUGUCGGGGGGCCCUCUGCAGGGGGGAGCCCGCCCGAGGAGAGGAGUGUGUCGUUGAGCUCUGUCCAGAGGAAGGAGAAAAGCCACGAGGCAGGCGUGGCGAGGGACAGCACCACGGCGACUUGUCCAGCAGGGAGGGGCGUGGAGAGGACGGCUGACUCGCCUGUCAGUCUGAGGGGACCAGAGCAGACAUCCGGGCACACAGCUGAGGACUCCGUCCAUGUUCGUUCUUUGACAGCAGUGAACACCGGUGCUAAAGUAGCCAAUGACACACCACAUGGCAGAGACGCUGCAGCGGCGCAGCCCUCCCUUCCUCCUGGCCAAUGGGAGCCCGAGGGCAGCUCGAAGACCACCACCUCUGAGCGUGUUAAUAGUCAAGAGUCAGACAUUGCGCCUCCCCACUCAGCCCCUCCGGCUGCCUGCACUGCGGCUCUGCCAGCUCCCAGGUGUGAGCAGGGCUUGACCGUACCGGCUGAUCAUGGUGGCAGGUGCACUGCCCAGGCGUCCACUGAGAAAACAGGAGGUGGCGUGACGAAAUCAUUCCCCAAGGACAGGGACCUCGAGGUCACUGUUUCUUCUGAAGAAAAUUCAGGUGACAUAGGCAAUGAAGAGUCUCCAUCGGAUAUUUUGGGAGGAUUGGAACCGAAAGCCAACUUGGAAACUGAGACGUUUGUACCAUCAGAGGAAGAGAAAAAUCAUGAAAUUCUAGAACCAUCGGAAAGUCCCUCUGGGAAAAAGCCGACUGGAACAGCUGAGCUGCAGAGGGAGCCUUCGCUGGUGCAUGAAUCACUGAGCGUCGAAAAUUCAGGUUCAGGAACAAGUGAAGAAAUUCACAGCAAAUCUAACAAAGAAGAGAUAUCCAAUGGUAGAAAAGAAAACACGGAAGCCGUAAGAGGUCACAGUGUUGAAGCAAAUCCUAAAGAGAUUGAAGAGGAAGAAAGGCAUAUUCCCAAAAGAAAAAGAAAGAAGCACUACCCCUCUUCAGAAGAUGAACUGGCUUGUAUUCCUUUGCGAUUCUGUUCAAACCGAUUUACAGAUGAUAAUCCAGAUGUCCUGGAUUCCAAAACAGAAACAGCACAGAGGCCAUGUUCUGAAACUGAGCCCCAAGAUACAAAGGAAGAGAACUCUGGAGAUUCGGAGGAGCUGUCUAAAACAAGUCCUAACACAAACAGCACUGCCUCCAGGGCCAUGGAAGAGAAAGAUGAGUACAGCAGCAGUGGUACCACCGGCCACAAGGCGGAGCAGAAUGACGACGACGGCGUAAAAUCUCAGGAGGAAGAUCACCCAGUAAUAAUUAAAAGAAAAAGAGGAAGACCUCGUAAACACCCCGUGGAAACAACGCUAAAAACAAAAGAAGACUGCAAAACAGAUACUGGCAUUGUCACUGUAGAACAGUCUCCACCUGGCGGCAGACUGAGAGUAAUGCAGACAGACGAAUCCAAUAAAGACACAGGCAUUCCUCAAGAAAGAAGUGUAAGCAAUGAUGAUGGUGAAGAAAAAACAGUAGCAAGUCUGCGUCGGAGAGGAAGAAAGCCCAAGCGUUCACUCACGUUGUCCGAUGAUGCCGAAUCCUCAGAACCGGAAAGAAAACGCCAGAAGUCAGUGUCUGAAGCAACUGAGGACAAGAAAGACCAAGAGUCUGAGGAGGAGGAGGAAGAGGAGGAAGACGACGAGCCCGCGGGAGCCACCACGCGAUCGGCCACCAGAUCGGAGGCUCAGAGCAUAGCCAGAAGCCUCUGGAAAAAAGAGGACCGUGGUCGGAUGAGUUUGGGGAACGCCGUGGACUCUCCGCCUCAGCCACAGCUUAUGUUACAGUCUGUAGGGCUCGGCAUAGCCCUUUGACGCGGCCGGGAGCAUCCCCGCCCCGCGCGCCGUCACACCUGCCCGCCUCCGUCCCCGCUUCUUCCCCCACCACACGCUGAGAGACGUCGCAUCGCUUUACAGUUUAACAGCUUUUUCUAAAGCAAGACUAUUUCCCAUUUUUAAUGUGAUUCACAAACUGUUAGUCUUGGUCUCAUCUUCUAUAAUUUCCUACUUGAGAUUAAUCAAAAAGUUCAGGAACAGGCAUUUCAAGAUUAUCACUUAUUAACACCUGUCACUGUAGCAUAAUGCUAAUAGUGCCUUCUGUUUCGUGAAGACUUAAAAUCAACCUAUUUCUGAUUCUUCCACACUUGCAUGUUGUUAGCCAUUUGUGCCAUAGUUUAAUUUUUCAGAAUCGGAUUUUAGAGCCGAAAAGCUUUAGGAGCUGACGUGGCUAAAAGGGAAGGUAGCGGUCUCGUAUUUGUCCUCGUAGGUGGGGCAGCUCAGAUGAGUAGAAGUCGCAGAAUCAAGAUUUCUGCUGACAGGAGAGGGUACAGAACACCCCGCCAGCUCUGCCUUAAAUAGUCAUGGAAAGGUCACCCGCUGCAGGAGGGGCCACCUCAGAAAGUGGCACGGCCUUCUGGGCAUCGCCAAGUGAGUGUCGAGAAGUAGCUACUGGGUUUGCUUGUAAAAUUUAUUCUUCAGUGCCCUUCCUUCGUGUCCUUGAAAACUUCAUCUGCAAACGGAUUCUCUUCAGUUCGGAUUCCUUGGCAUUGGUCGAUGGGUUCCAGGGCCCCGGCGUCUUCGUAAUCUCGGAUUCUCGGUCGAUGGGGCCUCGGCGGGCUAGUCCUGCCAGCCCAUCAGUGCCCCAGUCACCAAGCCAGCAGCUCCUCGGGAAAGGCCUUCGUGCUUCUGCACAGACCUCAGUGGCAGGCAGAGCCACCGCCUCCGGGCACCGCCUCCCCGUGUCCAGUAGCAGCUGGCCCCCCUGCGGCUCCCGCUCGGGGCCUUCCGGCCAGCUUGCCCUGCACCGUUCCAGAGCGGCUGCCGGGGCUUCUCUUCAUCCCCGUUCUCCUCGGUUUCUCUGCCUCACCCUGCGCCGAGUGUGGCUGAUGGACGCGGAGGGGACUGUCCCAUCUCAUGAUGUAGAGCCCGUGCUUCACCGUGCAGCCGAGUCGCAUGCCCCCGCAGCCUGAACUGCAGCCCGCUCCGCGAGCCCUUGUCUUAGGGCUUUGCCGUGAGUCUGAGCGUCCCUCACCCGGCACUGGCUUGUGCCGUGGACCCUGUGGGCCCGGCCGGGGCCCUCGCAUUCAGCCCGACGAGUCGUGCUUUCAUAGAUCUCGGCCGCUUUUUCUGCUGAGCACUUUCGGGAUCUUUAUCUUGUUGGCCAAGAUAUGUUCUGUGUAUCACAGAUUCACGUUUCUCUAAAUCACUCUAAAGUGUCUUACACAGAAAAAGUGACGGUCCGGAAAACCAGCCGUUUCCCUGCUUUCGUCCCCAUUCUCUGACUCGGCCACAGAGCCCCGGGGCCCGAGUGGUCAGUGCCACCGCUGCCCAGUGUCCCACAGUCUGGCUCAGAAAGUGCCAGAGCCAGCCAUCUACACGUGCGCCAUCCAAACUCGGCAGCCCACAGCCAGUGUCUCCUAGAAAUCGCCAAAAAUUAGCAAAGGAGAAGUUACCUACCAGUGAAAAGGUUAGUAAGCCUCCCCCGUUAGGAAGGCAAGUUCCUGCCUGCACUUCAUAACAUCUUUAACCCCUGAGACUGUUGGGUCCCGUGAUGCUUUCUUUUCAAGUUCCUUGAAGAUGUUUGUCUCGGCAAAUAACUGUCUUUGGAUCCUUGGUUUCCCACGUGGAAACCUACUCCAAACGGAAUAGGAAGGGUGCAGAGGGAUUCUCGGUGGCCUCGCCAGGCUGGCCUCACUUCGUGGCCCUCCUGCCCAGGCUUGUCCUCGACACCUGUGAGCCUUACGUGGCGACUCCUGCUUACCAAGACUGAAGGCAUGGUUCUCCCUGGGUGGUCACAGACCUGAACACUCGGUUAAUUCAGCGCCUCGUGGUCGAGCAGCCAGAGUCAUUUCUGCUUUGGCCAGGGCAUUGGAGAGGCGAUGAGGUGACAGAGCUCCCACUUCAGGCACAGCCACCCGCCAGCUUUGUGCCUCCCACUGCAGGCUGAUGACCAGGCUGCCGCCCAGGUUGUGCUGGGUCCUGCUGCCUUCCCUUUGCUUGUGCUCGUUCUUUCUGGGGUGCCCUCACCACCAGCCCCCAGCAAGCCGGGUCCUUCUGUCCUUCACGCCCACCCUCCUCAGGACGCCUCUUCGCCUGCUUCAACCCAUCCUCCCCUCUCCUUCCUGCUGUGCUUCCGGCCAGGACGUGUGCAGGUGACAGUGGCGUCUGCCAUUACUUGAGGUGUAUUAGUUUCGUUUCCCCUCUGAGCUAUAAGUUUCGUCCUUGAGAUCAGAGACUUGUCUUACUCCCUGUACAUUACAUGGUAGCAUCAAAAAAUACAAGACUCUUCACAGUAUACGAAAGCUGUCUUGACGCCUCUUGUCACGUUUGCCCUUCACAGCAUACUUGUCACCUCCAUGCGGUAGGACGGGAAGCAGGCUGCAGUCCCAGGCACCUUUCACGCAGAUUCUCCCGUUGAUCCUCAUGAAGUAAAACACAGUAUUUAUCCUUAUUUUGUAUGUGAGGAGAAGAAUUUCAGAAAGACCUGUCCCCUUAUUCCUCAAAAUGGAGUGAGCAGACCAGUCGCAGAGGCUCCCGCCAAGAUGCAGACUCUGACCCUGGAGGUCUGGGCACAGCCUGAGCGUCUGCAGUUCUGACAAGCUCCCAAGUGAUGCCAGUACCGCUGGUCACAGACCACACUCUGGGUGGAAGGACGGGGCCUGGGUGACCUACCACGCUCACACAGCGAGGAAGAAGCACACUGACUCAGAGCUUCUGUUCCCUGCUGUGUGGCAGCUAGCACAGUGCGGGACACUCACCGUUCAGUGGCUGGGUGCUUGAUUAGUGACUGGUGGCUUUUCCGAUGGCUUUUGUAAUGGUCAUUCUCAAAUCACACGUGGGCGAUAUGGUGCUGAAACUGCAUCAUAUGCAGCCGUAUGUAGUUCAGUAUAAGUUUAUUUACUUCUGCUGUCAGAGGAACAAUAAGCAAAGUGUGCCUUCUAUUGGUAGUCUCAUUUCUCCAUUUCCUGCAACUUUAGCUUUCCAGGUCUUUUCAUUCUGAUGUGACAUUUAUUGCUUGCCAGCGUGUGCUGGGCUUUGUACUAGGCACUGGAGAUGGAAAAUGAAUAAAACUCAGCAGCCGUGUAGAGAAGCCUCCUGUCUGAUGGGGAGACAUACGUGUAUAUGACUUUCAAACAACGUCAUCCCACAAUAAGAAUAUAUUUUGCAUUACUGCUGCUGUAACUGAAACAAAAUUUUCAUGAGCCAAACUUAAUAGACCUGCUAUCAGGGGUAUUUUCUGUUGUGUUCUAUCAAUACGUUGUUUUAAAAUAAUGGCUGUCACGUGCAGUUUGAAAAUGCCCAGUGGAUAAAUUGCGGUGGUAAGUGCUGUGAUGAGGACACAUGUGCCAUGGGACUUCGCUUGCCCUGUGAUGAGGAAGGCUGCCCAGAAGGACUCACUUUUGAACUGGGGCUUAAAAUGAGGUUUGCCAGAUGGGAGGUGAGGGGUGAGGGGUCCAAAAUGUCACAUGCCAAAGCAUGACAGUGUAAAAGAGCAUCACGUGUUAGGGAAUGGGAGCACUGUGGCAGGACCCUAGAGCAGUCGAGGGUAAAGCAUUAAGGACUCUGUGCGUUGUGUUCUGGGUGACCUUGUCCUGAACGCAGCCAGGAGCCGAGAGAGAAACGCAUGGACAUAGACACCCGUAGGUGUAGAUCCAGAUAAGCUGGGGAGUGACAUGAUGAACCGACGUUUCCAACAGGUAAUUCUGGUGGCGGAGCGGAGAGCGGGAGCAGGCUGUGGCGUGGGGCGGCGGGGUUAGAACUCCGGACCUCACGCGCCCUCCACGCCGCCGGCGGUCGCUGUGCGAAGCCUGCCGCGCGCUUGCGCAGACGCGGGCCGCAGUCCCGCCGUGUUCUUGCUGUUGUGUCCACUUGGGGCAGUGUGGGGGGACUCGCCGUGGGUUAUUUUAUAGCUAGAAGAACCGGGACCCAGAGAAGAAACUCACCAGGACCGGAGCGGGGCUUCCGACGGCCCCUCCGGCGCUCCGAGUGGGCGUGCGGCAGCCGGCAGCCAGCCAGCUGGCACGAGCCCUUCUGCAGCCCUUUUCCUGUAGACACGAUACCCGGGGUCCUUCUCCUUGGCUCUCGAGUUCAGAAAUCUUCCACUUUUAAAAAUAACUCCCAAAUCAUUUGAAGCAGCGCCUUUUAACGCUCACCACUGCCUCGAC